AUGUUACAAGAAGUUAAAAAAGCAGCUUCUGAAUUUAUAACAUUUUUAAACAAAUCAGUUACUCCAUUUCAUGCUGUAAAAGAAUGUAAAUUGAUGCUUGAAAAGGCAGGUUUCAAAGAAUUAAAAGAAUCAGAACCAUGGACAAUUGAAAGAACAGGGAAAUAUUAUGUAACAAAAAAUAGAUCAGCUAUUAUUGCAUUUGCUGUUGGUGGUAAAUAUGAAUCUGGUAAUGGAUUUUCUAUUGUUGUUGGGCAUACAGAUUCACCUUGCCUACGUGUUAAACCAAUUUCUAAUUUAAAAACAGACAAUUACAUCCAAGUUGGUGUCCAUACUUAUGGAGGAGGAAUUUGGAGAACAUGGUUUGAUAGAGAUUUAAGUGUUGCUGGUGAGGUAACUGUUAAAUGUGAAGAAAAAGGUAUUGCUAUUAAACAAAUUAACAUAACAAAACCAGUUUUGUUUAUUCCAAAUUUGGCAAUACAUUUAGAAAGUGAUAGAAAUACAUUUUCUUGUAACAAUGAAACAAAUUUAAGACCAAUUUUUGCUACUUCUCAAUUUGAUGAAGCAGGAAAGAAUAGCAAUUAUCGUGAGGAGAAAAAAAAUGAGCUUUUAAAAGAAUUAAUAGAUCCUCGAUCUAUUUUAGGAGAACAUCAUGAUAGUUUUCUUAAAAUGAUUGCUGAUGCAGCAGAUGUUACUCCUGAAGAUAUAAUAAAUCUUGAUUUAUAUUUAUAUGACAGUAAUAAGGCUUGUAUUACUGGUUUUAAUGAUGAAUUUAUAUCUGGAGGGCGUUUAGAUAAUUUAGUUGGAACAUACACAUCAGUUCGUGGUCUGAUUGAUUCACUUAAUGAUUCACAAUUUUCAGACGAUGGAAAUAUUCGUAUGGCAGCUUGUUUUGACAAUGAAGAAUGUGGAAGUCAAUCAGCUCAAGGAGCUCAGUCAGCUUUCACACAAUGGGUUCUUCGUCGUAUAUCUAAGGAGGGUUUCGAGUUGGCAAUGCCUAAAUCUUUCAUGAUUUCUGCUGAUCAAGCACAUGCUUUUCAUCCAAAUUAUAGUGCAAAAUAUGAAGAAAAUCAUAAACCAAAGUUUCAUGGAGGUAUUGUUGUUAAAAUUAAUCCAAACCAACGUUAUGCUACAACAGGAUUGACUCAUUCAGUACUCAAACAAGUAGCAUUUGAAGCUCAAGUUCCACUUCAAAAAAUGUGUGUUCGAAAUGAUUCACCUUGUGGAUCUACUGUUGGACCUAUUUUAUCUGCUGAACUUGGAAUGAUGGUAAUUGAUGUUGGCUGUCCACAAUUAGCUAUGCACUCAAUUCGUGAAUUUGCAGAUAUCUCAUCUAUUUAUCAAGCAACAAAAUUAUAUUCAACAUUCUUUAACAGAUGCCAUUCAAUUAUUAACCAACUUAAUGAAUAA